UAAACUUUGUCACGACACGAUAUUUUGGCGCCAGUUUUGACUUCCCGAACCCCGGAUCGCGCAAUCGGGCCACUUGCGAUUAAGAAACAUUACGCGGUAUCAAACGCCCUCUGCUAAACCGAAACGGCCUACAAAAGCCGCGAUGGCGACCGCCGAAGACGAGAGGGACAGAGACGUGCCCUCCGACUCCGAGACCAGUGCUGGAAGCGACAACGCCAGUGACUCCGGCGAGGUAGAGCCCAUAGAAUGGCUUGUCACAGCGCGUGCGAAGCGGUCCACAGCCGGAAACCGCAUGAAAUCGAUGCUCGCAAACGAAGAGCCGGCCGCCGAUGACUCGGACCUUGAACUGCUCUUUGCAGAAGACGAAGACGACAUGGGCUUCACAGACGAGGAGAAGGAGGAUGCGUCCGAUGUCGUGAUGGACUCGUCGUCUGACGAGGAGGAUCAAGGCGACGGCGGGGAUGAUCUUGAGGGCGAGAAGGAGCUGAUACGGCAGGCGAAGGCGAAAAAGACGGCGCAGCGGAAGCGAGGCGCGCAAGACGCUAUACCUGUCAAGUUUCGGAAGAAGGUGCGGAUCGAGCAACCGGCCACAAGGUCUCAAAGCCCGGCUUCAUCGGCCCUUACCCGCUCAAGACCGAAAAAGAAGUCGGAACGGACGAGCUGGCUCCCCACCGCGACCGACCUGCCAACUCGGGCGUCUGAGCGGCACACGACCCGGCUGAGCAAGGAACAACUCCACCAACAGAUGGUACAGCGCGAACUCAAGCGUGAGAAGCAGUUGGUGAUGCUUGAGAAGAAGGCCAAGAGAUUGGAGGCGAUGAAGAAGCCCCCCAUGACACAAGCUGAUCGGCUAGCGGAGGCUGCGUUGGUGGAGAAGAGGAAUGCCAAGAGCCUGAACCGCUGGGAGGAAGCAGAAAAGCAAAGAGAGGAAGAGCGCCUUAAGAAAAUCGCAGCAUUACAUAGCCGGGAACUUGACGGGCCAGUUGUCUCUUUCUGGAGCGGGAUUCAGGAGCUGGAGGAAGGCCAGAUGAAGCACAUCGGAAAGAUGGUCUCGGUGGAAGAAAAGGCGCCUAGAAAGAAGAAGCAACCAGCCGCCCCGACAGUGGCAGAACAGCAGGCUGGGGAUGCAGUCAAAACGGAGUCAGAGUCGAAGCCAAUACCCCCCCGCGAUAGUACUGCGGAUAAGCCCGUGGGAGAUGGAGAUCAGAAGGCGACUCAGGCUCCCGCAUCAACGCCGAAUGUCCCCCCUGAGCCAUCGUCAGCCACGGCCGAACAAGCUCCGCCUGCACCUUCCGCUGCCCCGGCACCACCUCUCCCAAGUCCUCCAGCACAAACCUCUCAAGCACCCGCAACGGCAGCGUCGUCGCCAACAGUUACUCCUUCCACUCCAUCUCUCUCACUUCCUCGCAGUCAAUCAGCUGGCGCAUUAGCGCCGCCUGCACCGCGGUCAGGCCUAGUGCCACCCCGAGGCCCUACAGCGCCUCCCCCAAUACCUCCGCCCCCGGAGAUGAGAUCGAGUAGUGCUGGCUUCUUGGCCGCACCUGUUCUUAUGGCACCUUCUGGAGCAAGUCCCGGCGGCCACAUGCCCGCACUCGGCUUCUCAUCGCCGAGCGCAAGAUCCAACGUGCUUGCGGCCCCUAACACCACGCAUGGGGGGCAGUCACCUCUCCCCUCAGUACCUUCUCCAUCGCACCCAUCCUUGUCGCAAGUAUCUCCCGCUCCGACACCCCCUCCUGCCUCGAAGCCCACUGCUCCCACCCCGAGCCGAACUGCCUCAACGCCUCUCCAGUCCAUUCAGGGCAGAGCACCACCGAAAAUGGCCCCGGAACCGGCGCAGGAAACUCCUCCGGAGCCGCCGUUGGAGGGCAAGGUUACCAAGAGCUGCAUCAUUUUACAAAACUUCAAUGAGAACGCGAUCAAGGACCGGCAGGUGCAGACGCAGAUCCUCUUCGGGAGGAAGAUGAACAAGCUCGCCAAACCCGCCCACCCGCCCCACUGCGUCAUCACUAACCACCCGGCGCGCUACCGGGACCCCAAGACGGGCCUGCCGUACCACAACAGCUACGCCUUCAGGGAGAUCCGCCGCCUGCACCGCGGCGACUACAAGUGGAGCCGCCUGGUCGGCGCCUGGGUCGGCAGCGGCUCCUUCGCCGCCAAGGGCGUCCCCGAGCGGUUCCUCGACCCGUCCAAGAGCCGAUCCUCCUGUCCUCGCCCCCUCCCGGAGAAGGAGACGGCUGCGGGGGAGAAGAAGGAAGAAUCCGGUGGCGGCCGGAAAGACCACCCCGAGCCGAAGGAGGAGCCGGAGCCGGACCACGACCGGAAGAAACCUGGUGUUGACGGCGUGGCGCCGGCUCCUGCGGCUGUGCAGCUGGCUAGUUGAUAGGGCGUUGUAGGACUACAGCCUGGUAGAUGUACUAUAGUAUUGUUUGCUCAUGAAAUCAUGAUACCCACGUCACUUCAUGUCCCUCGAUCUGCGUUGUGCGAUGAGAGAAUAUGUCUAGGUUGGGGGAAAGGGGGCGGUUGACCCUCAUCCUGCCCCUUAUAUUCGA